ACCCGCCGGCGCGGAUAGAGAGCGCUGCGUUCUAAAUUCGAAAAUACUUUUUUCGAACUCCGAAAAAAAAACUAACGUCAAACUCUUCAUAAGCGAACUCGUAAGAAACUCAGUGUUGUGUAUUACCAGUGUACUCAAAUAAAACGGUGUUCCUCGUAUUUAUGAAAAUGUGAAAUGUAUUAAGUUUAUGUGACAAGUUGCGGUUAAAGUUCAGUACGCUCGGCCUAUGUACUCGAAUAUUUUUACCCGACUGCGCAGAAGGAGGUUCCUCGAACUGUCUGUGUAGUGUAAGAACUGUUUUGGCGAAUUCUUGGUGAUUUAUAAACAUAUCGAUAGGUAUGAAAAGAGGAAACAUACUGCGCCAGUGAUGCGACUAAGAACAAUAAUUUGCGUCAUACGGACGCAAUCAUUUUAUAAGGGACUAGUGUUGUGACAUAUCGAUCAUCGACAUUCGAUUAUUGGAUCAUAAAACGGAAGGUUACGAAUGAACACACUCAUGCUGACGACGGGCGGAGUAGAUGACCAGCCGAUGGAUGGCAACAUGUCAUUCGCAACGUAUAACAUGAUGGAUUCAGGAGGGGCUGGCAUCGAGUCACCGCCGACCUACCACAGGAGCUACGAGCAGUACGUCCAGGGAGCCGUCGAGAACAGCACCGACUCCGGCCAGGACCCUACCAGCCCCGAGCUGGUGGUGUGGUCCUCCAUACCCUACGGGGACAUGUACCGAGCGCCGUAUGACUUCAGGAGCCCCUACGAAGCGUCGAGGGACUACUCCUCCCAGCAGUACGCUCGGGCACCCUUCACGACGAAGAUGGGCCAGGCCAAAGCGAUGAAGGAGGCCAGGAUACGAAGACCCAUGAACGCGUUCAUGGUGUGGGCCAAGGUGGAGCGGAAGAAGCUGGCUGAUGAGAAUCCAGAUCUACAUAAUGCGGACUUAAGUAAAAUGCUAGGUAAAAAGUGGCGGUCGCUGACGCCGCAGGACCGGAGGCCGUUCGUGGAGGAGGCGGAGCGGCUGCGCGUCAUCCACAUGACUGAGCAUCCCAACUACAAGUACCGGCCGCGCCGCCGGAAACAGAACAAGGCCCGGCCCAACCAGCCUUCGGCGCCCUCCAGCGCCCCGCCCUCCGCGUCCGCCGCCCUCGGCUCCCCCUACGCCACCGCCACUGACUCCCCCGACGGCCGGUACUCCCACAACCCCGGCGCCGGCUUCUCCCCCUACCGGACCUCACCGCUCGCCUCCGACUACCAGUCGAGCCAGUACAACGGCCACGUCCAGACGCCCGAGUCGUCGCCGGCCCGCUCCCCCGAGCCCCAGGGCCGGCGGAGCGCCCCCGCCGAGGCCCCGCUGCCGACGCCCGACGCCUCGCCCGUCGAGAACGAGAAGGAGAACUUCCAGUACGAGGAGCGGCGCCGGGCCAUCAACGCCGCGGCCCUCAACGACUCGUACUCGUACAAGUUCCGGACCGGGGGCUCGUACUCCCCGGCGCCCGUCGCCGCCAUGGGCAUGGCCAACGGCAUGUACGUGAUGUGCACCCAGCGGACGGCGGCCGAGCAGCCCCCGCUCGUGACCGGCACCUUCUUCCCGCCCGUCGCCACGUCGCAGGAUCAGCAGACGCUCGGCAACACCGCCCCGCGCGUCUCGUCCGCCCCGAGCGGGCCCCUCGCCAGUGAGUACGGCAUCCAGUACCACCCCUACGAGCAGUACGAGCCGAUCUACAAGACGGAGGACACGUACGUCGCGCAGUACCCGGAGCAGCCGAAGACCGAGUACGACGGUGGAGCGUACUUCUCGGAGGAUCCGGCGGCGCAAGGGCAGGACGGCGAGCAGUACCUCGGGCCGCGGCCGGAGAUGCGGACGGGGUCGCCGGAGUCGGACGUGGACGCACGCGAGUUCGACAAGUACCUGGACUACGGCGCGGAGGGGGCGAUGGAGCAGUACCGGUACGAGUACCGGCCGUACUGCGAGGCGGCGGGGGGCGGGGGGGAGUACUGCGGGGGGGAGCGCGUGUACCCCGCGCCGUACGCCGCCGUGAUCGCGGGCGCGCCGCCGCCGCCGCAGUACGCGCCGCCGCCGGCCGCGCCCGACGCGCGCCCCGACGACGAAUUCAGCGUCAUCCUCGCCGGCGUGCGUCAGACCUGCUACAGCAACUAGACCCGAUGUAGCCCAAAGAGUAUCUACGUUUAUUCUUGUAACUAUAAGUAACUUGACUGGUAGACUUUUGAAAUGUUUUGUCGAAUCGUUGUAAUUGUAAUCUGAUUUCUGAGAAAAUCUUCAAACCGUGGUCUCAUAGUAGUGCAAUUAUUGUUAUUUUUUUUUACUAAACCGAGGCGUGCCUAAAAAAAUAAAACAUUCCUGCCGAUUACGUCUGUUGGCUAAAAUUUUCCAUGAUAAGGACAAUCAGUAGGUACAUGAUGAUUAAGGUCAGGCUAUAUUAUAGUCUAUCGACAAAUUUACAAAAAAAAUGAAAAACAUCUUGACUUGGAGUAUUAAGUAUAGUAAUCGAACAAGCGUUCAUCCAAAUAGCGGAAAUGCCUCUCAAGUAGUUUGUGCGAAGAUCCAAUAAUGUUCUUUAUGUCAACAAGUACCUAAACUGUACUACAAAGUAUUUGAGGCUUAGGCAAAACACAUAACAUAAGAGCGUUUUCCCACCUUCCGAUCCAAUACCGGUAUCGAAAACUAAGCCGAUAUUCGAAAGCCAAGGUUAAGUAAAAUAUAUGAAACCUAGUAGUUACUUUUUUAACUACCCGACUUGAUAUACAAUAUCAUUUUAUUCUUAAUGGCUGUCGAAUAUUUGCAAUGCCGAUAUCGAAUCGGAAAAUGGGAAAGAACCUAAGAAAAAAUAUUACUACAAAACUGGCAUUACCUCAUGUAUUACUGACUGUCGACUGACUUACCAUAUUCCGAAAAAGAUCCAAUGUAAAAAUUGCCACAGCUGAAGCAAUUUUAAUGUGUGUAAAUAAAAAUAUAUAAUUGUAAUGUGUAAUUAAAUAAAUUUAAAUCGAAUUUCGGAUGAAAUUUGAAUGUAUUUUAAUCGUAUAAUUUUAAAGUUUGUGAAUAUUGAGAUUAAGCAGUAGCUUCGACUGUAACAACAUGCCCGUGUUGUGGCUGGUGGAAUAAAUUGGUGCUAUGUGUAGGGGUCCUAAAGUUUGUUAUUUUAUAAUACCCGAAUCUUCGAGAUUUUUCUGUCGCGAAAGAUUAUUUAUUUGUAUUUUAUUGUAUAUUUUAAAUCAAGCUUAUCAUAAGAUCUUCCAUACGCCUGUAGAUAUCGUGUAAGUCGUUAAUAUUUUCGGUAGACCUACGAUGUUUGUAUAAAAUGUACGAAUUUGAAAAUAUCUCAUAGCUAUAAUAUAAUUUGUAUUAAUUUUAGUUAAUUUGGUUCCUUAGAAUAAUAAAAAGACACUCGCACUGCGAACUUCGUUCUUCCUUGUAAGAAAAUUUAUAAUUAAUAAAAAUAUAUUCGUAAAA